UAAUCAAAGUUCUAGUUUUGGUAUGGUAGUUUAAUAUAUAAAUACAGAUACAGUGCAUAGAAAUUUCCAUCCUUUGUUGAUUUUGAAUUUAAUGGGGAGCAGAACUUAUUUCUCAGAUCUUCCUCAACACCACCAGAUUCUGAAUAUUGAACAACCGAAUAAAAGAUCAAAGAAAAACACGAUGGUUGAUGACGAAAAUCAGCAGUAUAUCGAGAUUCUCCCGGAAGAAAUUGUGUUGGAGCUCCUCUACAGGGUUCCAGUUAAGCCUCUAUUGAGAUCCGGUCUCGUCUGCAAGCACUGGUACAGUUCUAUCAAUAAAAAUCCAAACUUUACAUCUUCUCAUUUUAUUAAGUACUCCCAGAAACAUCCCCAUCUCAUCGUUCAUUUUCUCAACAGAAGCAAAAAUACUAAUAGUGACUGUAAUACUAAUACUCAUAGUAAUGAUAACAAUACUAAUGGAAAUAGUAUUCAUGAAGAAUAUUUCCAUAGGUUCUUCGAAUUAGACGAAGAUAAGACUAGUCAAUCUGUUAAUGUUGUUGAUGUGAAUCAAAGUUUAGUUAAUGAUAUCAAAUCUAAAGUGGAUGCAGUUGGGUAUUGCAAUGGUUUGAUUUGUCUUUCUGAAAGAUGUCCUAUAAUUAGUAAAGUUUGGAUAUGGAAUACUGCUAGGAACGAAUCACUACUCAUAUUUCCUCCGGUCGAUGACAGUGACUCCGGGGCAUAUGGUGUCUUAAAUUAUGGGUUUGGUUUUGAUUCUAUAACAAAGGAAUAUAAGGUUGUAUACAUUAUUUAUUCGGCUAAAAUUGCUUUCUUUAAGUGCCUUGUUCUUACAUUAGGACGGGGAACUAUUUCGUGGAGUCAGGUUGUGAUUCCAGAGGUUGUGGUAUCUAGGAGUUUUAAAUCAGCUGUAUAUACUUCUCAUAAUGGAACAUCAACUCUAUAUUGGAGGACAGCUGAUAUUAAUGUGCUGCUCUCGUUUGACCUCCAUGACGAGAAGUUUAAUGUAAUUCGAGUCCCAGUAGAAUGUGAAAGCACUAAAGAUGAGCAUCCAUUAGUUCAGCUUGUCGAAUUCAGGGGUUUUUUGGGUCUGCUACGUUUAGAAAGCUUAAUACCAAGGGGUGGUAAUAGUAGGAGUACUGGCAAUCGUUAUCAUCCUGUACAUGAAGAAAGUAAUACUUGGAAAAUGGUACAUUUGUAUAUAUUACAAGACAACGUCAACAAGGUAUGGAAUAAGGAGACUUUUGAUCUUACACCGUAUUCGCUUCCUUGCAGUAUGAACGCUCGCUUUGCUACUUUCUCUGAUCAGAUUUUACUCUUCUGGUUAGAACCCUAUGGUUUUCAGUUUUUCAAUCUACACAAAAAACAUCUUAAAGUGGUAGGGUCUCUCACUGCGCGUAUUUCAGAAAAAGACCCUAAGCCAGUUUCUUUCGAAGAUUUUCGACUAAGCUAUCAUGUGGAGAACCUAUGCUCUUUGCAAUCCUUAUUGCCUCAAGCAGCUUACAGAUCAGAUUCCACUUCUAUACAUCAAAUUUUAAAGCAACAUUACAAUGUUAUUCGAAGAAAACUGCCAAAGACAGUUGGAGGGUACCUAACUUUAUAUGGCCGAGCACCAAGUAACGAUUACUAUAUCUUUGAUUAGGUUUUCUUGUGGUUUAGCUGUUUAUUAUUCUAUUAUGUCACGAGUCGCUUCUCUAUUUCUGCUUGACCUCUGAUGUCAAUGCUCUUUUGAUUAACCCUCGUACCCGAUGGCAUACAAGAUAGUCCAGCCAUUUGACCACAAUCUCAAUAUUUUGUCAGUACAAUAUGUAUCUUUCUUUUUUGUCUCUAAGUCUUCAGUCUGGAUGGUACUACAAGUCACUUCAUGGUGCAUCUUAUAUCUGUUAACAUUGUAACACAUGAAGAAAGAUUACUAUCAAUGAAAAGCAAACUUUUUUUUAAAGGGGAAAAGGCUGCGAUAAAAGAAAAAGAGGGAGGAUACUCUAUUUCUGGCAACAAUAGGACAUCCUUAUCCGAAUAAAAGUACUCUGUGAGUCAGAAAUGAGCAGGCUGAUUAGUUUACCAUUAAAUAUUAGCACAAGACAUGGUUGGAGGCGCUGGUUUUUCAAUUUUCAUAUUAUGCAAGAGAAGCACAGGAGUUCAGCAGCAGCAAGGCUGAAAAGUGAGGGUCCUCUGGUACUAAAUAUGAAGAUGAUGCAUGCGAUACUAAAGGGAAGUUAUCUACGAGGUUGCUCAGAGCACUACCAAAAGAUACACAGUUAGACCUGUAAAACACUACAAAAGCUUUAUUAUGCACCAGCUACCAGUAAUUCUACGUUCCAGGCAUGGGUUAUGUUUCUUUGGUGUCAGUAGGCAGGUGCGUAAAGUAGAGUUGGAAGUUUGUAAAUUUCAAAUGUAGAAACAAUACUGCAUGCAGCAGCUUUCAUCCUCACGGUGUUGGCCAUCUAGAAAAUGUGUUAUCCACCAAAUUCGUCUUAGUGAUGGACAACAGGAGGCAUUAUUGCACUCUGUGGUCGCUGCGGGUCGGUAAAGCAUUUGGAAAUAUGAGAAAAGGAAUACAGAGAAGCCACCCAUCAUGAAAGAUGACAAGGCUGAAAAUUGGACGGUUGAGAGAUUCCUUAUUACAGGAGCGUCAAGUUAGUGAAUCCAAAGAGCAUGCCGAUGUAGAGAAUACUGGAGAUUGGGAUGGUAGUCUAAAGCUUAAGUACCAAUAAUGCUCGGAACAUUUAUUUAGUUGGAGCCUUGUAAUUGGAGCAAUAAUAUUUGGCAUGUUUUAAUAUUUGUUAUAAUGAGCCGUCUUUGAGACAAUGGAAUGUCUCCAAAUCGGGAUUUUUUGUUUUAAUGACCUAAAAUAAGUUCCACUGCAGAAAUGCAUUGGAAGGCAAUACCUUUUCCGGGGAUGGAGCUCAUUGCUCUUACAUGUGCUGUCUGAAAAACCUAUGGUUUUGUGGUGCUAGGCUAUAUCAUGAGGAUCUAGAUAUCCUUGAGUGAAUUAAAGGGAAAUUCUUAUUUUUAUGCAACAUCAUCUUGAUUUUCAUGCUGUUCUAUGACUGAAAAUCUGUAUUGUUAAAUUGCAACGACAUUAAUCGUUGUGUUAUGCUUUCUUUCAGGUGGUUAAAGAACUCAUCAUUUUCGGGAACAUAAACUUGCCUUGUAAAAACAAAAAGGACUAUGGUUACGGAUGAGUGUCACCUGUGGAACCACGGAGGAAACGAUAAUUAACUUGAAUCACACUGUUGGUAAGUCAAAAAUUGUAAUACCCCGUUACUUGCUAGAAUUCGCGGGUUGUUACAAAAAUGGCGUCGUCACCUCAUGAGCCACCUCCAGCUGAGAAACUCUUUGAGCCUUCGGAUUUCGAAAUCCCUAAAUCCGACCCAAUAGAGUUAUUAACACCCCAGGUGCCGGUAAUAAUUAACUCAUCUGAACCCUACUGUGGGAAUUUUGUCAAUGAUUAUCUACUAGAGCCGUGGUUUUCUGCUAUGUGUGAAAGAGAAUACACCGAGUAUUUGAGUAACUUGAAGGAAGUUGAUGAUGUUGAAGAGCCUGUAAUUCAACCACCAACUGUUAACGUACCUGAGGACGAUUUUCCAGCUGAUUUUGCAAGAGAAUUUUUUGAUAAUAUUUCAGAGAAUUUUGAGUUUUGGGAGAGCGGAGUCUCCGAGGUGAUGGAUAAUGGGGAAUAUGUUAUGGAAUUAACUGAGUUCAAGGUUGCUGAUAAAUCCAUAUCUCUUGAAAACGAGGUAAUUGAAAAAGGUGAACAGGUUGUUAACGUAACUGAACCGACUGUUGCUGAUGAAACCCUGUCUCGCAAGGUGAUUGAAGUCACUGAAUCAACAGGAUCGGCUGCCAAAGCUGAACAACAUACUAAAGUGACUGAAUCAAUGGAAGAAUCAAAGGCUGAAGUUGCUGUUCAAGCUGAACAACUUAGCCAAGAAGAAGUUGAGAAAGAGAUAGAAUCUGUAAUCACCAUGAUUAACAAAGCUUUGGAAGGGAAGAAGAAAAUUUCUUUGGACAGAAAGAUUCUCUUUACAGAUAAGUUAACAGAUAUAUGGGUGAUUAAAAAAUCAAUGGAUGGAGUGGUCAAUUUAGAGGAGAUUAAGAGUAACAUCAGUGAAAUUAGAAGGCAGGUUGAGCAAUGAAGAUAGGAGAUUAAGAGUAAGAUCAGGGAAAUUAGAAAGGCAGGUUCAUCAAUCAAUGACUCAAGGUGCUGUUAAAUUUUAUAUCAUGAACAUCUGAAUUUUUAUACUUGGUAUAUUUACACGUCUGUUGGAAUUAGAUCAAU